AUGGAAACCAUUCUGACUAACUACCCUAAGAUAUUUGAUGACAGUGUGGGGAAGUUUGAGAGCACAUUGCAUCUUUACACGAGGGAUUAUGUUACUCCACACAAAACAGCUCCAAGAGAAAUUCCUCGGUUUGUUAAGAACAAUCUCAUCGCUGAAGUGCAAGACCUCCAACAACAAGUUAUUCUGGAGGAAAUGACUGAGCCCACUGAAUAGGUGAGUUAUCUGCUAAGAAUGGAAUAAGGCUAUACAUAGAUAUCAGACCACUGGACACAGCACUCAAGCUCUCUGAGUACCCAAUUUCAACUGUUGAUCAUCUGCUCACAGAAAUUAGCAACGCUAAAGUACUUUCCUUAGCUGGUAUCAAGUCUGCCUUUUGGCACAUCACAUUAGAUAAAGAAAGGUCUCUGUUGACGACGUUUAAUAUGUCUCUUAGAAGGAUGAGAUGGAACAGAAUGCCUUUCGGCAUUAGUGUAAUUCCUGAAAAAUUUCAAAGAAGAAUCGACGAAAACUUAAAAGGAUUAGAAGGUGUUAAAGCAAUCGCUGAUGACAUCCUGAUCUGGGGUGAUGAUGACACCAUUGAAUUAAGUGGCGACAGCCAGUCAUGACAAACGCCUGUUAACCUUGUAAGAACGAUGCAAACAGAAGAAUAUUAAACUUAACAAAGAGAAGUUACAACUGAGGAAGACUGAAUUGUCCUACAUGGGUGUGGUUCUGACAGACAAAGGUGUUAAACCAGACCCCAAGAAACAAGAUUGUAUUCAAUCAAUGCCUGCUUCAACAAAAGCAAACAAAAAGAUGAAGUCAGACUAUUACUUUGUGUAGUAACUUACCUCUCACGAUUUUCUGAGGACUUGUCAGCCAAGUCAGAACCGCUGCGAACAUUGCUUAAAAAAACAGCGUUCAUCUGGGAAACAAAUGAACAGAAAGCUUUUGAAGAAAAUAAGACCCUCAUCUCAAACGCACCAUUAUUGAACUACUUCAACCCUGUCGAGACAGUAGAAAUACAACUUGACGCAUCAUCAAGUGGAUUGGGAGCAUGGCUCAUGCAAGGUAAUCAGGCUAUACAGUAUGCUUCGAGAACAUUAAUUAACUGAAACUGAAAACGCUAUAGUCCAAUUGAGAAAGAGAUGCUUAGUAUUGUCUAUGGCCUCACUAGAUUUCACACCUACACUUAUGGUCGAUAGGUGACAAUUUACAUUGACCACAAACCACUGGCUGCUGUAUUGAAGAAACCUAUUGCAGUCCCCUGAGACUUCAGCAAAUACUCUGCAGAAUCAUUGGAUAUGACUUCGAAUUCAAGUAUGUGAAAGGCAAAGAUCUUCUCAUUGCUGACGCCCUUAGCAGAUCCCAAACAAAAAGACAGAACCGAAGCAAGUUUGAACAUGAGAUUGAAACAACUCGAGUGGUUCAUGAAGAUCAAAGUGUAACAAGUAGUUUAGCUGAAAUUGCAGAAGAAACAGUUCAUAACACCGAAUUACAGUCAGUAGUUCACCACAUAUCUAAAGGCUGGACAAACAACAAAAGAAACGUCCCUUUUGAAAUUCUACCCUUCUGGAGCAUCAAGGACAAACUGUCGGUCAGUGGUGGAAUUGUUUACAAGAACGAUCGCAUCGUAGUUUCGGUGGCCCUGCGGAAGACACUCAUUGUAAAACUACAUCAAGCUCAUAUGGGUACCGAAUCAACCCUUAGACGCGCCAGAACAUUCUUAUGGUGGCCAAGCAUGAACAACCAACUAAAGCAGUUUAUUGCCAAAUGUGAAGUCUGCAACGCUUUCCAGACCAAGAAGCAUAAAGAAACUCUGAUGAGUCAAGAAAUUCCUAACAGACAGUGAUCGAAAGUUGGUUCUGAUAUUUUCUCUGGUAUUGGUUGACUACCACAGUGACUGGAUUGAAUUUGACCUGAUGAGAAACCAAAGUGCUGCUGAGAUCAUCAAUUUGAUGCAAAACAGUUUGCGAGAUGGGGAAUUCCAGAGGAGAUCGUCACAGACAGUGGAACGAAUUACGACUCCGUUGAAUUCUCGCAGUUCUGUAAUCAUAAGAACAUCAAACACACCAAAUCUCCACCUCAUCAUCACCAGAGCAAUGGAAAAUCUGAAUCUGCUGUGAAGAUUGUAAAGACAUUGUUGAGGGAGACAGCGAAAACUACAUUAAAUCCGUAUGAAGCGUUGCUUGACCGGCAUAACACACCCACCAUUGGAAUGACAACAUCUCCGGAACAAAGAUUCCUAAACCGUCGAACAAGAACAGAAAUACCCAUCAAAGGAACUUUACUUACACCGGAAAUUGUAGAGAGAGUGUUAGAAGAGAAAACCUGGAAAACCAAGAAAUCUCAAGUUUAUUAUAACAAAUCUGCCAGAGAUCUGAAUGAGCUAAAGCCUGGUGACACUGUUCGAGUAAAGCCAGAAACAUUAGCCAAAGGACAAGAGUGGAAGAAAGGGACUGUAACACAGUCAUGGAUACAGAUCAUACGACGUAAACGUAGAAGGAAAAGUACUUAGCAGAAAACUUGUACACCUAAAGCCAGACAAGCAAGUCAAAAUAACGGAACCAUCCCUGAAGUCUGAAGAACGAAAGCCCAAAGCCCAACCAGCAUCUCCUACCCACAAGAGCAUGCACGUAAAGCCCACAAAACAGACCGCAAAGACUUCGGAAGCUAAAUGCACCAAUAUGGAACUGAUUACUGUAAAGCGAACACGUUUAGGACGCCUAGUUAAAACACCGUACAGAUAUAGUUCUAAAUGA